GCCACAUUGCCCAAAUGCCAGUUGCUGCGUCUGCGAACGGCAUUUCGGCGUCAGUUGAUAAUGUCGUCCUUCGGCCCACCGCAUAGGAGGCUCUGCUCUUGUGUCGGUCCCACCUUCAUUUCCGCCAAGUAUGCUUUUCGUCCCAUGUCCGUGACCUCGGUUAUCUCGCGGAACAUAUCGAGCACCCGAAAUCCGUGUGCAAGCUCAUCGGCACGACGGUCUGAUGACUCUGAGAGCAGUGACCAUCGUAGUCCUACACAAUCCAGGGUGCAUCUUCGAGGUCCGACCUUAGACCUUGGCCUGGCCGCCGACACGCGGAGCACCAACCGGCGCCAACAUGAACCGCGCUCAGGACAUGCCGAGCGAGCUCGACACUUGCGUACACCACAUGAGCGCCUGCAGGACACCAAGCAUAAUCGAGGGAAACCGAGACCGCGGCCAGAUUUGCUCGAUGAAUCGGUCGCCAAUGUCCAGAGAUCACGAGAGGUGCGCCCUCCGGACUGGCCAGCGUUCGAGGCGGCGUUGAGCGAGAGGGACCGAGUCGGGAGUUGGCUCAAGUUUCAGGAUAUCUUGUUGGACGAGGAAGCCCGUAAGAGGCUGAAGAAGAAGCAUUUUACAGAUGUCGCAACUCUGCUUUUGGAUCAUCGACCGCCAAAGUUCGAGUUUGCCGAACUCCUUCUGAAGCAGAUGAGCGAGGCGGGAUUCAAUCCGACAAUCGAUGAGUACAACAUGGUCAGCUCCAAAUAUGCGUCAAUCGGCAAGAUGGUUGGCGUUCGCAAAACGCUGGAAGCGGUUUACAGAGAUAAACUGCUGCCCAACACAACAACGUAUAACCACUUUAUUCGCGCUUAUGGCAGGGUCGGGGAUGUUGACGGAGCUGUCGCAUUUUUUGAUCGGAUGACUGCCGAGGGAGUGAAACCUGACGUACAAACUUACAACGAGCUCAUAGAGGCCACUGGUGCAUCCAACAUCGACGUGGCGAAGCAAUUUCAUAAGCAAAUGAUCGCAGCCUCCUUACAACCGGACGAGCGCACAUAUUCGACUCUUAUUCGGCUGUACGUACGUGCCGAUGAUCUAGUCGAAGCUGAGCGGGCCUUUGCAGAGAAACUAUCCAGCGGGUUCAAACCCGACAAAAUGGAUUACACGACAAUGAUGGGCGCAUUUUCCCGGCAAAAGCAACUCGAGAAAGUGAGCGAGCUCUUUGAUCAGCUAGUGGCGGCUGGGAUAAAACCGGAUGCCCACAUAUUCAAUACAAUCAUUCACGCCAAAGCGAACUUGGGCGACCUACCUGGAGCAUCUGCCGUCGUGGACAUAAUGUUGAGCGAAGGGGUAGACGUUGACGCUGUCACCUUCUCCACGCUUAUUGCGGCGCAUGCCAAGGCAGGAAAGGUCUUAGAUGCGGAGAAGAUCCUAGCACUACUACGUGGAAGCGAGGCACAGCAUGUCAGAAUGCAGCUGAUAAACUCUUACAGAAGUAUCAUCACUGCAUACGCAAAAAAGUGUAAUCUCGAGGACGCGACGCGGGUCCUCCAUCAAAUGGAACAGGCAUUCAUUCCGGCCCCACUUGAGUGCUAUAAUGAGAUUCUCGAGGCGGCCGCGAAAUUGCAUCGCACAGAUGUUUUGGAGACGUACUGGGCCUUGUUAACCCACGAACGAUCCGCAUACACACCGAACGAAGUCAGCUAUGCUACGGUCAUCAGAGGUUUCAUUGAAGCCAGGGAAGUGAACAGCGCAUUAGACCUGUGGAAAGACAUGGGCAAACAGCGGAAUGAAGUCACCGAUGCUGCGGGCAAUAAAGUUUGGACACUUCGUUUUGAACCCGCCUUUAAUCUGUAUUUGGCGGUGUUGGACUGCGCGAUUCAAGCAAACAGAUGGGAAGAUGCGGUGGAUAUCCUCGUACGGAUGCGACAAAGCGAGGCCCACAAAGACCGUUCGCUGGGGAAGCAUUUUGAAAAGCACUUCGAAGUUCACAGCGAACAAUUCGAGAAGCUUCUUAUUCAAGCGGGAGAAGAUCUUGUCGCGGGCGAUCGGAGUGCGGAGGAGAGCGCAGGACCGAAGAUGGGCAAAGCAAAUCUACUAGGCGUGACUAGACAGCACGGCGGCCAUGUGACAACCGAGAAGCAGAAGUUGCAGUGCAAAACUAUAUUGGCCCUCUUCACCGAACUCACCCUGGGUAAACGCACGGCUUCCGAACCCGUGUACCGUUUUGCCAUCGAUGCAUACCGGGUCCAGAACGACCAUCUCGGGGCCGUCCGAGUUUACUUGGCUCUGGUAGCCGCCGUGCGCCAGGGAGAGGUGAACAUGAGUGCUUCGUCUGUCACGGCCAUGCUGCGCGCCGUCUUGGACGUUACUUCAAUGAAUCGCAAAACGUCAAUGAUUUUCAUCGACAUUAUCAGAGGCAAAAGUGGCGCGAAAGAGGAACUGAAGGGGAAAGGUGUAACUCCGACUGUAUCAACACCGGAUAUUGUGCAUCCACUCGACGCAGAGGGCUACGGCUAUUUGCUGCAACUCCAAAUGCGCAACGGCCGCGGAGCGGACGUGAUAUCCACGCUGCUCGACAUGGAGAGCGCGGGCUUCGAGCCCACCGCUCGAGUUUAUCAGGCAGCCCUUGGUGCAGCCAACACUGUCGCGAGGGAGACUUCCGAUGACUCUGUGAAAGAAGCCAUUUCGGAAGCAAUCGGCAUGGUGAACAACUUUGUGGAAGAGCAGUUCCCAGAGCUGCUGCAGAAUAAAUCGAACGCUGCGCGGAGUAGCAAGAGUAUUGAGGGAUCGGCGGGACCUCGCUGAUCUUGCCUAUUGUUAUCCUCAAGUCCAACAGCGGCAAACAGCCCCAAGCGCGCUAUCACUGCGACUCUCCGGCCCAUUCCUACUGGUACUGUUUUCGAAAAACCGGGGAAGGAAGCACGCAAUGGGGAGCGGAGGUCUGUAACGUCCUAGUUGAGUUGCUAGCGUAAAUCUCCUCCCAUCUGACGAAGGCUACUAGAGCCAUAUUCGGUGUAAAGGAUUCCUAGGCGCAGUUUCCAUAUGGCAUAGUAGUAGGCAGUCGUCACGCAUUUGACAAAAAUAUAU